AUGGUUGGGCGCAGCAGCAACGACAGCAGUUUCCUAGAAGCUUCAGAAUCUCUGGUCAGCAUUCCACGCUCCAUCACAGCCCCCUUUCAGAUUCCAACCUCUCAUCAUGCCCCAAAGGGUGGUGCCAGUGGUGGUGGGGGCGUCGAUGCUACUGCCCCAACUGCUGCUUCUUUGGGAGGAGCAGGAGAAACGGAAGCAGCAGCGGCAGGGGCAGCAGAAGGGGGAGUAGCAGGGGAGGAGGAGGAGGAGCAAGGGAACUUGGCCCGCGGUGCUGCUGUGCUAGACUCUCUUGCUGGUGGCCCUAUGUGGCUCGACGCAUGGGGGGAUGAAGGAGAGAGGGAAGGGAGAUGGGGAGGAGAGGGGGAGGAGGGGGGUGGUGGGGGAGGAGAUGGGGAUGGGGAGGGGGAAGGGGGGGAGGGAGAGGAUGGGGGGGGGGGAGAGGGUGCGCAUGUGAGGGGAUCUGCUGACGGCGCUGCUACAGCCGUGGAUGGAGCAGCAGCAGGGAAGAGGAGAGGGGGCACAGCCGCUGCCAUAGUAGCUGACCUGGGUCUGUGGGCUGUGUAUGCCCGGCUGGAGGCAGAGUGUGGCAACCUGGACGCUUCCAGGAAGGUUCUCGACACGGCACUGGCUUCUGUUGCUGCUCUCCCAAAGUCCGCAGCUGAAGCCACGCCUCUCCUUGUGCUCGCAUACACCCACAUACAGCUAUCCCCAACCAGUCACUCUACCAACCAACACCGGAAUCACCAGCAGCAGCAACGGCGGCCGCAGAGCAGUAAGGGUCAUAUGCAGUGGACUACCAACCAGCACUGGUGUUCCCUCCACACUCUUGCCUCUUUCGCGGCAUCUGCCCCUUUUUCUGCCCCACCGCCACUCCCUCCGCAACUCGACCCGUCUGGGUUGGAAGAAAGCUGGCGGACUACAACCCCCUCCUCCCGGGCAGUUUGUAAAUAUUUCCCUCAAGCUGCCCUGAUACGCGCUCGGGCAGGGUUCCACUUGAAGCUGCAAGAAGCAAAGAAAUUCAUUGCAGCUUCAGCUGCUGCCGCCGCCGCUGCUGCUUCAGCUUCUCUCCCCACAUUUUCCACCAACCCCUCUGCUGUUAAACUUGGUGCUAGUACCAACCCAACACCUUUCACGUCUGCUGUUGGCGAUGGGAGGCUGGCACAAGCGGAGGAGAGCAGCAGGGCAACAGCAGCAGUGGCAGUGGUGCUGUGUGCGUGUCUCUUUGAGCUCUUGGCAGCGCCGUCUCUCCCUGAAGGGGUUGCAGCCACUGCUGCGGUGGUGGAUGGGUGCAUUGCUGCGGUGCUGCCUGGCCGCCGUGCCUGCUGUCUCCCUCUGGAGCUGCUCUUUGAAAGAUAUGCCUCGCUGCUGCUGCACGCCCUGCCAGCCAUCCCGUCACAGCAGGUGCGGAGAGUGGUGCUGCAGGGUUUGAAGGAGUUCCCCAGCAACGUGCACCUUCUUGGAACCUUCCUGCGGCUGGAGUCCCGCAGUGCGUUCACCAACAGCAUCCGGCGUUUCUUCGACCAAACCACCGCCAGUCUCCUGGUUAUGUACCUCAAAACAUCUAACCCACCUCCCUCUCUCCCCAACCAUCCUCUUCCUUCCCUCCCAGCCUGUCCCAAUCCUCCUCACCGCUCCUCUGACUGCUCAAUUUCCUGGUUGACUUUUGAGCUGCCUCAAAACAUAUCUUCUACCUACCACUAUCUCCCUCCCCUGCAGACUACCCCACCCCUCACCACUCCUCUGGCUGCUCAGUCUCCUGGUUGA